AUGAAGAUCGUAGGAAUCGUUUCAUUGGUUUUCGUUGCAUUAAAACUGACAAUAAGUGUAUUGAAGGGCUUUUGGACCACUUUUUUGGGCUAUAAAUUGGGUUUUGGUAUUGAAUGGAAAGCCGGAGACAAUGUGUGGGCUGUCGUCACCGGCGCUACCGAUGGGAUUGGUCUGCAAUACGCCAAACAAAUGGCACAAAAGGCAUACAAUUUAGUCAUUAUCUCCAGAAAUGAAGACAAACUGAUGGCAACACAAAAGAGUCUAUUAAAUGACUACAAAGACUGCAAACAGGACCUGUACGGGUCCCAAAUGAACGAAACGUAUUUCAAUGUCAAUAUGUUUUCGUAUCUAAAACUCAUUGAAAUAGUUUUGCCGAAAAUGGUUGACCGAAAGCGCGGUAUUGUAAUCAACAUAUCGUCCCAAACGGCGAUAACACCCGUCCCUCUAAUGACCACUUAUGCCGCCACCAAAGCGUUCAUUAGAUUCCUAUCGGACGGUCUGUCCGUUGAAUACGAGGGCAAAGGCGUGACAAUACAGACAGUGAUGCCGUCGAUGACCAAAACGAAACUAUUGCACGAAUCAAACGAGUCGUCCGUCUGGACUGUCGGCGCCGAUGAGUUCGUGUCGGCCGCCAUUCAGACGGUCGGCAUUGAGUCCACUACUUAUGGCCAUUGGAAACACAAACUUCUUUCUUAUGCCGUACACUGUGUCAUAGGUCUGAUCGGACAGAGACUCGUCGCUCAAAUGGCGCACAAAGUUAUGAAACAAAGUCGAGACCACUUUUAUUUGAUGAACAGCUCUAAGAAUAAGUGAAUUUUAUGCACUUUUGCUCUCAAGACAACAAAAUAUUAAUUACUUAAUGAUUAGUU